AAAGCAAACGGAAAAAACAUACUGCAUCACCAUCGUCAUCAUCCUUUGAUCUCUGGCCCUCGGGAUGGCUGCAGCCGGACCGAGUAAAUCCGAAAAGGCGAACCAAGAGUCGGACACUGAGCAGAAUGCAAGCGAUGAGGAUUUAUAUAGAAUCGAUGACACAAAUGAUCUCUACGACGACGCUGUGCUUUCUGGUACAGUUGAGCAAGACAAGAAUACGACUUUGAAUUCAGAUGCUGGAAAGAAAACACCAACCAAAGCAGAGGAGAAAGUGGAGAAAUUGAAAACAGAUGAGAAUGAAAAGAAACAACCCCGAAGAUUCACAUUGUAUAUAGGGAGUUUCUCUUGGUGGACAUCUGACAAAGACCUCCUGCUUUUGGCCCAAAAAUUGGGUGCGGGGGAUAUUGAUGAAAUCAAAUUUGCAGAAAACAAAGCAAAUGGCCAAUCAAGAGGCUAUGCAAAGGUGGUGGUGACUUCUGAAAAUUCAUUAAAAAUAUUAUUGGAGAAAAUUCCCCAAUGUACUUUGAAUGGGGAAAGCAUAGACUGCCGUUUUGCCACUCACCAUAAUUACUGUAUGUUUGAGGACGCUGCUAAUAAACGAUUCCCAAUGCGCUGUUAUUCAAAGGACACGGAUUUAGAGGGCACAUCAUCAUUUUCAUGGGUUACCAAUCCUCCCAGUGUACCCACUCCCAUUUCAUCAAAUCCACUUGGAAAUGUAUUCCCCUCACAUUCCAGCCCUUUCCUUUGCCAUCCACCCCCUCCCUUCCAGUCUGUGCCACCCAUACCUCCACUGCAUGUCUUUCCUGCUCCACCUUUCAAUGCACCAAGCCAACCGCCUCCAAGCCUGCAUAUAAAUCCAGCUUACUUCCCCCCGGCACAAGACAGGCAAAGAAGUCCUGCUUACAGUCAACCAAAGGGGGAGAGAGACUACGAAGAACUCUUUAACAGAAAUAGAGCUGUUGCCAGCAGUGCCAUUACCAAGGCUGUGACAGGUGCAACAGCUGGAGACCUGAGAGUGGCAAUGGAAACGCUGUUAACAGCCAUUGCCAUCAUCAAACAGUCCAGUGUGUAUAAUGAUGAGCGCAGCCAAGCCCUCGUCACUUCCCUCAAAGACUGCCUGGUGUCCAUCCAAGGAAACUAUGGCGACAGGAGUAGCAGUCAUUCUGGAGAUCGAGAAAGAGAUCGGGAGCGCUACAGAGAAGGCUCGCCUCGUAGGGAAAGUGCCGGAAGGUUCAGAAGGUAUAGAGAUCGCUCUUGGAGUCGAGAAAGGGACAGGAGGCGUUCACGGGACGACCACAGAGAUUACAGAGAACGCUAUCGCUGAUUUGGUAAGAUUUGUGUCCUCAUGAGCCGCUAUCCCUAUCACACUUGGAGCACCAACAAAACCAAUAUUGACUAACUGGUACACCGCCUGUUUAUUUUCUCUGUGGUCUUCUGAUCAUGAUUCUGCCACAAGAACAAUUGAAUUCAAUUUUGUUGUCAUAAAUCAAUUGGAAUUGCUAAUUGCUAUGAAAUGAAAUACCACCUAAGAUUACCUUUGUAUAAUGCAUUCAGAAAGUACUAAGACCCUUCAGUUUUCACGUUCUUUAUGCUUCAUUUAUUUAAUUUUCUUACCUAAAUCUGAACACUGGACACAGUUUUAAAAAAGCAAAAGCAGAGUAAAAAUGUUUGCUUAUAUUAAAAAAAAAACAUUACAUGAAUUGUCAAUUAUUUUGAUCCUUUACUUUGACCAAAAUGUAAUGCCGAUUCAUAUACCCUUUGGACAUCUUCGAAUUGUGUGUACACAUGACCACCUUUGGGGGAAAAAAAAAAACAAGACACGAUUUGCCUGUCUCCACAGGUUGUGACAGCUGUCGAAAUAUAUCACACUAAAAGCCACAUGCUUUAAGCAACUAUUUGAAGCGCUGCCCUGUCUAAUUUCUUCAUUUCUUUCUGGGUUUGUGUUUGAACUACUUUUUCAUGUCUUGAGCCUUCCAUCCUGCCUUUGAGAAUCAUAUUCAUCAAUCGAUGGAAGAAUCUGUGUUAAGUUUCAUACAUUUGAAAAUGGGGAGUGUAAACUUUUGAGGAAAAUGUUUUUGAGCAUACUGCCAAAUUUGAAGGGUGUGGAAAAUUUUACAUUCUUGCAAAAGUUUUUCUUUUUUUUUUCCUCAAAGUAUGCUUGUUUCCUUUUAGACUUGUCAACAUGCACAAAGGAUACAGCCUUUUGUUUCAACACAUUGUAAAAAUACAAAAAAAUGUAUCUCCAGAUGUCUGUAGUUUCUUCAUUGUCCUCUUAGUGGGUCUUUGAAUUGUUUCAAGAAAAUACUGUGUAUAGUAAUUCAAAUUAGAUCCUUGCAUGUGCAAGACACCUCUAAAUGCAUUUGUCAUUGUUGUCUUUUGUGAUAUAAAAUAAUUCCCCAAAUACCCACGUGUUAUUUC